GGCGGCGCGCGGCUGCCGCGCCGACGGAAAGGUAAGGGUCGCUCGGCGGGCGUGAGGAGGCGGCGACGGGCACGGAGAGCCAUGCUGCGCGCCUCUCUGCGACAGGUGUCGGCGGCGCUGAAGGAAGGACGAGUCGCUCCCACGGAGCUCUGCCAGCGAUGCCUGGCCCUCAUCAAAAGCACCAAGUUUCUGAAUGCAUACAUUACCGUAGCGGAAGAGACUGCUAUGAAGCAGGCUGAAGAAUCAGAGGAAAGAUAUAAAAGAGGUCAGCCACUGGGUAUUCUAGAUGGAAUUCCUGUUGCUGUAAAAGACAACUUUAAUACAGCUGGCAUUGAGACAACAUGUGCAUCAAAUAUGCUAAAAGGUUAUAUUUCUCCUUACAAUGCUACAGUAGUUCAGAAGUUACUGGAUCAGGGAGCUGUGCUUUUAGGUAAAACAAACCUAGAUGAAUUUGCAAUGGGUUCUGGGAGUACGGAUGGAGUAUUUGGACCAGUCAGAAAUCCCUGGAGUUAUUCAAAACAGUACAAGGAAAAGUCUGUCCCAAAAUCCCAUUCUGAAGAGUCUAACUGGGUAAUAACAGGAGGGAGCUCAGGAGGCAGCGCGGCUGCUGUGUCGUCUUUCACUUGUUUUGCAGCCUUAGGGUCAGACACAGGAGGAUCUACCCGAAACCCUGCUGCUCACUGUGGUGUUGUAGGUUUAAAGCCAACAUAUGGACUGAUCUCUCGCCAUGGUCUCAUUCCUCUAGUGAACUCCAUGGAUGUGCCAGGAAUCCUUACCAGAUGUGUGGAUGAUGCAGCAGUUUUGUUAGGUUCACUUGCUGGACAUGAUCCUAAGGACUCCACCACAAUUCAGGAUGACUUUGAGCCAUUUGAACUACCUAAUUUGACUGAUGUCAGCAAGCUUUCAAUUGGAAUUCCAAAGGAAUAUCAUGCACCAGGGCUGUCUAGUGAAAUUCUGGCUCUCUGGUCAAAGGCUGCUGACCUGUUUAAGAAUGCAGGUGCUAAAGUGGUUGAAGUGAGCCUACCACACACUCGUUACUCAAUUGUCUGCUAUCAUGUGCUGUGCACAGCAGAAGUGGCAUCAAAUAUGGCCAGGUUUGAUGGAUUGGAAUAUGGACAUCGUUCUGACAUGAAGGAUUCCACUGAAAGUAUGUAUGCUGCAACACGGCGAGAAGGCUUCAAUGAUGUCGUAAGAGGAAGGAUUCUAUCAGGAAACUACUUCUUGUUGAAACAGAACUAUGAGAAGUACUUUGUCAAGGCACAGAAAGUGAGACGUCUCAUUGCCAACGACUUUGUGAAGGUUUUCAGGAGCGGUGUUGAUAUUUUACUCACUCCCACCACUCUGAGUGAUGCAGCACCAUACACAGAAUUCAUCCAAGAAGACAACAGGACCCGCAGCACUCAAGAUGACAUCCUGACACAGGCUGCAAACAUGGCUGGUGAGCAGGGACAGGAGCUCAACUGUUUUCCCCUGCCUAGUCAUUUUACAUGUCCAGUUCCUUUAGGACUGCCAGCCAUAAAUGUUCCUACAGCUCUUUCAAAGAGAGGCUUGCCAGUUGGGCUUCAGUUCAUUGGACGUUCAUUCCAGGAGAAGCAGCUUCUCACUGUAGCCAAAUGGUUUGAAAAACAAGUACAAUUCCCAAUGAUUCAACUAGAAGAAGUAAAGAGGCAUGACAGUGGUGUCUUUCAGCAUCAGAAAUCUGCUUCUUUUUCAUAGCCUGGGACUUGCUAGUCAGCUAGAGCAAGAAAGCUGUGGGGAUGGUCAAGAAAUGAAUUUCUGCAGUUAAUUGUCUUUUGCAGAAGUAGUAAUCUGUUCUAAGAAGACGUUAUGCAGUAAUGCAUGAUGGAAUCACGACAGCUUGUUACAGUGUAAUUAAGCCAAAGUGAAUCAUUAAGUAAACAUUACCAUGUUAUUAAAAGCCAUUUCUUACUGAUACUAAAAACACCAAGUUGAAAUUGUGUGUGUUAUGCCUGCGAAGCUGAUUUUUUAAUCCCUAGAGGAUGUGUAAGGUAUCUGACCAAUUAAAGAACUAACCUGAA